ACACACACACACACACACACACAGCAAUAGCAGCAAGUCUAGCAAAAGUGUUUACUUGCUCAAUAUCAAGUCUGGCAAAAGUGUAAUUGACAGGAAAAAAUUGUUUAAAUAUUUUCACACAUUUCUACGUGAAAAAAUAAAAUGUCGUGGAUAUGGAGUUAUAUUUUGUAUUGGUUUCAAUUAUUAGCUUUAAAGAUUAUAAAAACUGGUCAAAUACCUAAACAUGUGGCAAUAAUGAUGGAUGGUAAUCGACGUUAUGCGAAAAAACGUAAUAUGGCCAAAAUGGAUGGAAAUAAAAAAGGAUAUGAUAAACUGAUAGAAGUAAUUGAUUGGUGCACGAACUUGGGUAUUACAGAAAUCACAGCAUAUACUUUUAGUAUAAAUAACUUCAAUCGCAGUAAAAAUGAAGUUAAUGGAUUUAUGAAAUUAGCCAGAUACAAGUUUAAGCUUAUGUUAGAAGAGAAGAAUAAAUGGGAUGAAAAAGGAAUACGUAUACGUGUAAUUGGCAAUUUGGCCUUACUUUCAGAAGAAAUGCAAAAAUUAUUGGCCAAAAUGAUGAUUACCACUAAAAACAAUAAUAAAAUAACUUUAAAUCUUGCUUUUCCUUAUUCAUCAAGGGAUGAAAUUACGCAUGCAGUUAAGGAUAUAUUAAGAGGUGUAAAACAUGGUGAUAUUUUACUAGAAGAUAUAAAUGAAGACCUGAUUUCUCACAGUUUAUAUACUUACAAAUCUACAAAUCCAGAUUUAUUAAUUCGUACUUCUGGAGAAGUUCGACUUAGUGACUUUCUCUUGUGGCAAAUCUCCAAUACUUGUAUCUAUUUUUCCAAUGUAUUAUGGCCUGAAUUCAAUUUAUGGAAUUUUCUUAGUGCUAUUUUUUAUUAUCAAAGGUGCUAUUCUGACUUGCAAAAAGUCGCGAAAAUAGAAAAUUUGAAGCCAAUUGUGCACAAUGAUAGAGUAUCUAUGUAUGUUAAUAAGUUGCAUCAUAAACGCGAAGAUAUGAUUGAAAAUUUAUAUCUAUCGACAGUUCAACCAUAAAUAUUGAAUAUAAAUGGGUACCUAACAAUUAUAUUGACCAUACGUUAAAUACUUUUAAUUUGUUACACCCACGUAUACAAUUCACAGUUGAAAAAGAAAAAAACCAUAGUUUGAGUUUUUUGGACAUCAAAUUAAUAUCAAAAAAUAAUAAAAUUAUUUGCGAUUGAUUUAGAAAGCCUACGUUUUCUGGAAGGUAUUUGAAUUUUCUUUCGCAACACCCUAUAUGUCAAAAAAGAGGCACAAUUGUCGGUCUGAUUGAUAGAGUAAUUUUAUUAUCACAUCCUUUAUUUCAUCAAAAAAAUAUAGAAAUGAUUAUUAACAUCCUAAUCAAUAAUAAUUAUUCGGUAAAAUUCAUAUUUGACACAAUUAAAUAUAGACUAAAAACUCUAAUUUAUACUAGAAGUAAUAUUCCAAACAACAGUUUAAGUCAGUCAAAUAACUCUUCUUUGUUUUUUACUGUACCUUAUUUACCGAAUAUUACUGAACAAUUGAUAGGUAUCACAAAAAAAGCUGACACUAGACUCUCUUAUGUAAGUAUGAAUAAAUUAGAGAAGUUUAUAAAAACACAUAAAAAUAAAAUAUCUAAAGGAGCGAAUACUAAUGUAGUACAUAAAAUCAACUGUAAAAAUUGUGAUGCCUCAUAUGUGGGUCAGACUAGCAGAAAAUUGAAUACUAGGAUAAUGGAACAUAAAAAACACAUCAACAGAAAUUGUUCUAAUAAAUCAGUUGUUACUGAUCAUAGAAUAGAGUUCUCCCAUGAUUUUGACUGGGAUAAAGUAAAAAUUUUAGAUAAAGAACCGUAUUAUAACAAAAGACUAAUAUCGGAAAUGUUAUAUAUAAAAAGACAAUCCAAUGGAUUGAAUCUACAAAAGGAUACUGAAUAUUUGCCUGAUAUAUAUAAUAACAUUAUAGAGUCUCUGCCAAAAUUAUCAGGGUUUAAAAGCAAACCUUGAUAUAAAAAGGUGAAACAACGAGUUACUAUCUCAUUUGAUAUCUGAGAGUUGUGACGGUUGGACGUUUUGUUUUGUCUUCACUAAAAACAUUUAAAAAGAUGUCGGAUCUGAUACUUGAAACUUCUAUAAAAUAAUCACCAUUUUGUUUGAGUGAGUGUGUAGUGCAUUUUACUUGGCAGAUUAUAAUGAAUAAUUAGAUAUUGUUUAUUUAGAUCUCAAUUUAAUGAUUAACAACAUUUCAUCAUGAAGAUUUAAUCAAGAUAUCUCUCUUGACCAGUAAAUCAGGAAGUCUAUACUCGUUAUAUUCCGUUUUAUUAUAGCAAUGUAACAAUUAUAUAUUGGUGUUUGCUAGGAAUAGUACUAUCGAAUUACAAGUUAAUAUUGAUAGAAUAAAAUUAUUUAAAUCGAGUAUAAAAUCUAUGUGGCCUAUUCUAAUUAAAAUACACUUCAAGCGAGAUAUUUAUAAGCCUUUCGUAGCUGCUGCUUAUGUGGGAAAUAGCAAACCAAAAUCAGUCAAUUUAUUUUUGAAGGAUUUCAUUGCUGAGGUCAAUAUCCUGCAAAAUAGAGGCAUAGUUAUUAAUAACAAAUAUUAUAGUAUAAAUAUAAAGUGUUUUAUCUGUGACACACCUGCCAGAGCAUACCUUAAAUGUAUUAAGGGUCACAACGCAAAAUAUGGUUGCGAACAAUGUCUGGUAGAACGUCAAACUCAUCAUAAAAUUGCCACAUAUUUAGACAUUAAUUCUUCCAAAAGAACCGAUGAAAGUUUUCGAAAUUUUUCACAUGUGGAACAUCAUACAGCAGCAUCACCUUUAAUAUACAUACAGCCAUCAGUGAACAUGGUCAAUGAUUUUCUUCUCGACUUGAUGCAUUUGUGUUAUCUAGGAGUCAUGAAACGUUUAAUUGAUGCUUGGAUGUUAUCUGAUUUUAAUACACAUCUUAGUAGCAGUCAGAAGAGAAUAUUAUCAAGCCAAAUGGAGAAAAUAAGAUUUCAACAGCCCGACGAAUUCCAUCGAAAGAUUAGAGGUAUUGAGCACCAUGCUAGAUUUAAAGCCAUGGAUUAUCAUUUUAUCUUGUUAUUAACAUUUUUUAUUACUUCAUGUAGCUUGUCGAAUGUUAUCGAUGGAAAAUGCAGUUGAAUAUACAAAUUAUAUAGAAGAAUUACUUACCAAGUUUAUUGUUCUAGCAGAAAAACUUUAUGGUCCACAAUUUGUAGUCUUAAAUGUCCAUAAUUUAAUGCAUAUUUCAGAUGAUGUAAGAAUUAUCAGUUUUCGAUGAAAUAAAC